UUUCUCCAGUUCCUAGUUUCAGAUACCGUUCCCAACUCCCAGUGUCGUCCCAGGUUUGGUCCGGCCCAACGAUUCGCCCCUCCAUCGGCAUGCGGGAUCGGCUGCGAUCCUACAUUGGGCAGCUGGCGGGCGGGCCUGCCCUGCUCCUAUCCCUCAUGCUGCAUAGCGCCUGGCAACUGGGCUUAGUCUCUCCCGGGUCUGGAUGCUGUAGGCCAGCGACAACCACCUGGUCCAUUAUUAAUUCCUGAUGCAUUGGCAAUGAUACCUUGGGAAAACGAUAUGUGCAUG